AUGCAAUGCGUGCGCGACGCUAACGAAGUAGCGCAAACAAACAGCGUGUUGAGAUUUAUAAAGACAAAGUGGAUAGUUGGCUUCGUCGUUCUUAUUAUUAUAUUUGACUACUUCUCCGUCACUGUGGCUGUGGGCGUGGGGCUAGUGACCAAGAACCGCGCUGGUGGUUUCGGAUUAGGCGUUACGAUACUUGUGGUUUUCAACGUGCUAUUUUUGAUAUUCUGCGCUAGUUACGCUGCUAUUUUAUUCAUUCACCCAGGCUACAUAACAAAUUCAUUCAUACCAGCGUACCACCCAGGACGAGCAGCGCAAAAUAAAGACAAAGAUACCGAUAGAACUGGUACCAGUAACCACUCCAAUCAAUCAGACUGCACUACAUACCCUCCCACUUUCCGCGUCCAAGCAACUCAAUUUGACGCUACUUAUUGUUCUCAGUGUCAGCUAUGGCGACCGCCGCGCGCACACCACGACCGUCAUGCGAACCGCUGCGUGUGGGAAUUUGACCAUUACUGUCCGUGGAUUGGUCAAAGUGUAGGUGGGCACAACCACAAGCAUUUCGUUACUUUCCUUUUUUGGUGUGUUGUGGUCCUCUCAUUCACAGCGAUAGCUUUGGGCGUGAGCUAUCCUUCUCUGAUAUCAGAUGAGCACGGUGAUGGAUUGUGGAGUGGUCGUGGCCGCGGACCCAUCAUCGGAGCUAUAGCAGUGUCCUCCUUCUUCGCCUUCUUUGUAGGUGGGCUCCUCUUCAAUCAUAUCUGGCUAGCGUGCGAUAGUCUGACAACUUUCGAGGAUAUGUUCGAGGUGCGCACAAUUCGCGCAAGAGAUGCAUCCAUUCUCAGCAAACACUACGAUCCGUGGCAGUUGCAAGCGAAGAAAGCGUGUAAAGAUCACUGGUACUAUGUCUGGGGCAAUCCGCGCACAGAGGGGAAUUUAUGGUGGCUUGAGUCACCUUAUCGCAACUGGUGUUUCAGGAUGGGCGCCAAUCCUCUCGUAUGGUUUGUGCCAUUCGCUAAACCACACCACGACCUUCUUAAUGUUGAGUAUAACCCAAGGUUUGACCAGUGGGGCAGAGCAAGGAUGCGCAGUGAGUGGCCUGAGUAUCUCAGGUAG